GAACACUGCAUCUGAAGCUAGCGGGUCGGGCAAUCAAGAAAUUGCCCUGCGUAAAAGGCUAUCGUUAAAACCUAUUUGCCGAUGCAACACAUAUUUUAUGCCUUUGAGGAGCGAACCGUGGAUAUAAGUAAACAUAACUGAGAAGACGCCACGCUCGCUAUAGGCAUCCUGAGAACAUCACAUUAUUUCAAUGGAGAAUGGAGAUUGGGAUUAUAUGAUGACCAAGCCAGUCACCUUAAAUGUGGGUGGGCACCUGUACACCACCACCAUGUCCACCCUUCAGCGCUACCCAGACUCCAUGUUGGGUGCCAUGUUCUGUGGAGACCUGCCCACAACACGAGACUCUCAAGGAAACUACUUCAUUGAUCGUGAUGGGACCCUCUUUCAUUACAUCCUGAACUUCUUGCGCACGUCAGAACUCACCCUUCCCAUUGACUUCAUGAAGACGGACCUCCUCCGCAAAGAAGCAGACUUCUACCAGAUAGAACCUUUGAUUCAGUCUCUGAACAAUCCCAAGCCCCUUAACCCGGUGGAUACCUUCGAACAGAUGACCAAGCCAGUCACCUUAAAUGUGGGUGGGCACCUGUACACCACCACCAUGUCCACCCUUCAGCGCUACCCAGACUCCAUGUUGGGUGGCAUGUUUCGCGGAGACCUGCCCACAACACGAGACGUGCAAGGUAACUACUUCAUUGAUCGUGACGGGACACUUUUUCGUUACGUCAUGAACUUCCUGCGCACGUCGGAGCUCAUCCUCCCUGUCAACUUCAGAGAGAUGGAUCUCCUACGCAAAGAGGCUGACUUCUACCAAAUUGAGCCUCUGAUUCAGGCUCUAAACGAUCCCAGACCACUCUACUCUUUGGACACCUAUGAACAGAUGAUCAAGCCAGUCACCUUAAAUGUGGGUGGGCACCUUUACACCACCACCUUGUCCACCCUUCAGCGCUUCCCUGACUCCAUGUUGGGUGCCAUGUUCCGCGGAGACCUGCCCACAACAAGAGACGUGCAAGGCAACUACUUCAUUGAUCGUGAUGGGACACUUUUUCGGUUCAUACUAAAUUUUCUGCGCACGUCAGAGCUUACCCGCCCGGUCGACUUCACAGAGAUGGAUCUCCUGCGUAAAGAGGCAGACUUCUACCAGAUUGAGCCUUUGAUUCAAGCUCUAAACGAUCCCAGGCCUCCUUACCCGUUGGACACCUUUGAACAGGUGGUGGAGCUGUCCAGCACGCGCAAGCUAUCAAAGUACUCAAACCCUGUGGCAGUGAUCAUCACACAACUCACCAUCACCACCAAGGUCCAUUCCCUGUUGGAGGGCAUCUCCAACAACUUCACCAAGUGGAACAAGCACAUGAUGGACACUCGAGACUGUCAGGUGUCCUUCACCUUUGGACCAUGUGACUACCACCAAGAGGUUUCCCUCAGGGUUCACCUCAUGGACUACAUCACGAAGCAAGGCUUCAUCAUCAGAAAUACACGUGUGCAUCACAUGAGUGAACGGGCCAAUGAGAACACGGUGGAGCAUAACUGGACUUUCUGCAGACCAGCAUACAAAGUAGAGGACUAAUUUCACCUUGACAGUGGGCAAAAACAAGGAAGUCUGUAAAAGCGAUCAUGGAAGCUAUGUGUUAAUUGUAUAUGUUAUUGAUGGACCAGAGUUGCUUCAGGGGUGGUUGGGUAGAAGAUGAUUCCAAACAUAACACUAUCUGUUGUUUGGAUGUUUGGACAUGCACCAUGUGAUGAGGCAUUGGAAGCUGUUAACCUACCUUAAUGGCAUCACAUGUACCCAGAAUUACAGUGUUACCAAGCCAUUGUUCCCUCUAUUCUUCCUGCCAUUUCCUGCUCUAUUGUGUAAUAAGUGGUGAUCAGUUAAAUAUGAUGACGAGUUAAAAAAAAAAAAAAAGAACCAAGAGAGGGAUUCAGAGAGAACCUUUUCUUGUUAUGUUGUACAGAAGCUGGUUUUAAAUAUAUAUUAUGGACCAUCACCCUACUUACCAGAGCUACUGUUCCUGGACAGUUAUUCCGAGCUAAGGAAGGACUUCAAAGCACAUGAAAUGCAGUGUUGGAUUAUGCUAAAGUUUUUUUUUAUUUUUAUUUUUUAUAUAUAAUUUUAGUUUUUUGUGAGACCUAAACAACAAUGGAAUCGAUUUGUCAGAAUGUGUAAAGAAUUGCUAGAAAGUAUAUCAUGCAAUGUAAAAGGAGUAUUGCAUAUUGGCUACAUGUACACAUGGCACUUCUAUUGAAAUAAAUGAAAAGAGAUUUGUCACAAUUCA